GCAACGCACUAGUGCUCCACACGCUUUCAUCUGUCAUUAGUGUCAAAGUCUGUUCGGCUUCGGUGCAGGUUUCGCAAACAACCUCAUUCACAGUAGGCAAGUUUAACUCUUAUCCAGUCAACCUCUGCCUUGCGACUAACUACAACACUAGGAUAGAAUCACAACUUGUCAACUAUGCCGCCUCAUAUGGGACGAGUGAAUAGAGCGAAAAGAUACGGGGAUGAUUUAGAGAGUGAUAAAGAAGACGAUUCUCGCUCACGUGUCCCCACCAGCCCUAAGCGACGUAGGGGCAACCUGCCCAAGGACUCCGUCAAUGUUUUACGACUAUGGCUCUGGGAACACAGAUUCAAUGCAUAUCCAUCGGAAGCUGAGAAGCAGUACCUCUCAAAGGCCGCCAAUCUCUCUGUUCUACAAGUGUGCAACUGGUUUAUUAACGCUCGGAGACGAAUUCUCCCAGACAUGAUUCGGCGAGAGGGAAGGGACCCAAGCAACUAUACCAUCACAAGACGAGCUAACAUGAAAUCACCAAAUUCCGCAUUUCAACGAACUGUGACAGGGAUUUCAAAAGAUUUCGAUCAAGCAUACGUGGAUGAAGAUCGCGAAUCGUAUCUCUCUAGCCCAAUUUGCGGCUAUAAAAGUCAUGAAUUAGACUAUUAUAGUAGCCAACCGGACUCAUAUCAGUUUUCGCAUGACAGUCUCGGGUCUCAGCCCUCGCCUCCAAGUUCAUCUUCGGAAGAAGAAGACAUUGAGCAAGCAUUUGAUGCUUUCAGCAGUAUAAACUUAUUAGUUGAGGUAGCACUGAACACUGAGGCUUUUCGACAACAACAGAAAAAAUGCAUCCAAGAAGUCGCUUCAUUGUCAUGUUAAAAUUCAACAAUUUUGAAUUGCCAAAAUGUCAGGGUCUCUUUAUUGUCCCGGCCUCCUUUGUACAGUAUAAUGAAUUAUAAAUUGCCCUUGUAAAGAAGAAAAUAAGAAUCUCAAAACAA